AUGGCAGCGACAAAUGGAAGCGCUCCUGUGUUCCUGGGAGACUACAGUUUCAACACGGGGAGACUCAAACAAUUCUCGCCUGUUGAUUACGUCAUGUUUGCCAGCAUCCUGGUGAUAUCUGCCGGUAUUGGCUUCUAUCAUGCCUGGAAGGAUCGUAAGCAGAAGAGUUCCGACGACUUUCUCUUGGCUGGAAGGAACAUGAGCCCCUAUCCCGUGGCCCUGUCGCUGCUGGCUAGCUUUAUGUCCGCCAUUACGUUGCUAGGGACUCCAGCAGAGAUCUACAAUUAUACAACCAUGUAUUUCUGGAUUGGUCUCGGCUACCUGUUUGUGAUCGCUGGAGCCAGCCACAUCUACAUCCCCGUGUUUUACAACCUUGGGGUCACCAGCGCAUACGAGUACCUAGAGAAACGUUUCUGCGCGGGCGUGCGGACAUCAGCCUCCAUGAUAUUUGUGCUUCAGAUGAUUCUCUAUAUGGCCAUCGUGUUGUACGCUCCUAGCCUUGCCCUUAAUGCUGUGACUGGUUUCACAUUGUGGGGAUCCGUGAUUUCUGUGGGCAUCGUCUGCACUUUAUACACAGCACUUGGCGGCAUGAAGGCAGUGUUGUGGACUGACAGUUUCCAGUCAAUCAUGAUGAUCAUCAGUCUGCUGGCUAUCGUCAUCAGGUCAUCGGUUGUGGUCGGAGGAUGGGACGCUGCCUGGCAAUCUGGCCUGAGAACCAAUAGGAUCUGGUUUACUGACUUUCGUGUGGACCCCUCUGUCAGACAUAGUGUCUGGGCACUAGCCUUUGGUGCUUAUUUCACAUGGGUCGCCAUCUUUGGGACCAACCAGGCAAUGGUACAACGAACUGUGACUUGCCCUACACUAAGGAAAGCACAACUGGCUAUGUGGCUGAACUUCCCGGGACUGUGUGUCAUCCUCUACAUCAGCUGUGUUAUCGGCAUGUUCAUGGCUGCCUUCUACGAGAAAUGUGAUCCCAUGAAAGCCAAAUUUGUUGACGAUUCUAAUCAGAUUUUGCCGAUGUUUGUCAUGGAUGUGCUGGGAGAUAUCGUGGGUCUACCGGGUCUCUUUGUGGCUGGACUCUUCAGUGGAGCUCUCAGCACUAUUUCUUCGGGGCUAAACUCCAUCUCUGCCUGUGUCCUGGAAGACGUUAUCCGAAUCUACUUCAAGUCGUACAUGAAAGAGAGCAGGGCGAGGAUUGUGUCCCAGGUGCUGG